UCGUGAGUCCGUUUUUCCUCUGAGGAAUUCACAUAGAGAAAAAAGGGGGUUGCGAAAAAAAUAUUUAUGAAACGUUUACAAUUUACCAAAGGAUACUAGCAAUAAUUUUGUGUGAAAGGUAACGCAUUACCGCCAUUGGAGGCAUUCGAGUUUACAGGCCCUAACCAUUAAGUAGGCCUUGCUUUGAUAGAAUAGAAUCCCUCUCGGGAAAUUAUCCCAUUCGGCCAGCAAGAAACAUGGAUGCCACCAUCAAGCAAGAUUUGCCUCCUGAAGGGGGAUAUCAAAAGAUACAGUAUGCUCGAAAUCCUGCCAAAACAUACUUCAGAGGAGGAAGAUUGCUUGCCGGAUUUAUACUGUUUAAUGGAUGUACCACCUACUACUACUUUAAUCACUGUUAUCCAAAGGUCUUGCAUGAGAUGGUUGAAAAAAAUGGUGCCCGUUUAGCAACUCUACCUUUGCUUAUGGCUGAGAGAGACCGCGCUUACCUAAAACAUUGUAGGGCCAUUCGAGAUGAAGAGGAAAAACUUAUGGCCAAUGUUCCUAAUUGGGAGGUUGGCAAGUGGAAAGGAGAACAAAUCUACAAAACACUCGAUAGAAAUGACUUUAAUGACCCAAUCCUUUGUGAGUACUAUGUUCAUGCACCAUAUAUGGAUUUCUGGAAGAAAGCCCAUGAAGCUCAAAUCCAAGUAUGAACAUAGUUGUUGUUCCUGCUGUAAAUGUCAAAAACAGGAAAAUAGUAAGAGUAUCAACUGGUAA